AUGCUCGUCGAGACGUUCACCGUGGAUUCGCCGCGGACGCGACGAGAGAUUGGCGCGGAUGGGAAGGAGUAUCUCGAGUGCGAGCAUAGCUAUCAGACGACGCGCGUUGAGAGAGCGGCGUCGACGACGGCGAACGGGCUCUCCCACGGAGAGAAUGGGAAGGUGAAGGAGCGAUUCGCGCUCGUACCAGAGGAGAGGACGUUCACGAUGCGAACGAAGGUGACGGUACCGAAGGUUGGGAUCAUGCUUGUGGGUUGGGGCGGGAACAACGGGUCGACGCUCACCGCGGCGGUGCUCGCGAAUAAGGAACGAGUGACGUGGCGCACGAAGGAGGGCGCGCAGGAACCGAACUAUUACGGUUCGCUCACGCAGAGCGGAACGUGUCGAGUCGGGCACUUUGAGGGUGAAGAGGUGUACGUGCCUUUUAAGUCGUUGAUGCCCCUAGCCGACCCGAACGAAGUCGUCAUCGGCGGAUGGGACAUCAACGCCGCAAACCUGGCGGCGGCCAUGGAGCGGGCAUCGGUUUUAGAUAUUGAUUUGCAGCGACAGCUUCGACCCAUGAUGGAAGGGAUCAAACCGAGGCCGAGCGCGUUCGAUCCAAAGUUUGUGGCAGACAACCAGCUCGCUCGGGCAAAUAACGUCAUCGAGGGUUCCAAGGCGGAUCAAAUGGCGCAGAUCCGUGCCGACAUUCGUGAUUUCAAGGAAGCGAACAGCCUUGAAAGCGUUGUCGUGUUAUGGACGGCGAAUACGGAGCGAUACACGAACGUGCGCGCGGGAGUGCACGAUACAGAGGAAAAUUUGCGCGAGGCCAUCAAGGCUGGAGAGAGCGAAAUCUCUCCGAGCACGUUGUUUGCCUUGGCGUGCAUCGAUGAGCGCGUGCCGUUCAUCAACGGAAGUCCGCAGAACACGUUCGUUCCGGGCGUCGUCGAGGCAUCGAUUCGAUUGAAUUCUAUCAUAGGUGGAGAUGACUUCAAGACUGGCCAAACAAAGAUGAAAUCGGUGUUGGUCGACUACUUGGUUGGAGCGGGUCUUAAGCCUACAUCCAUCGUGAGCUACAACCAUUUAGGGAACAACGACGGAUUGAAUCUUAGCGCGCCUCAGACGUUCCGAUCGAAAGAGAUCUCUAAGGCGAACGUCGUCUCCGACAUGGUUGAGAGUAACUCGAUUCUUUACCAGAAGGGCGAAGAGCCCGAUCAUGUGGUCGUGAUCAAGUACGUCCCGAGCGUCGGCGACAGCAAGCGAGCGAUGGACGAAUACACGAGUCAGAUUUUCAUGAACGGUAAGAACACGAUCGUGAUGCAUAACACGUGCGAAGACUCGUUGCUCGCCGCUCCGCUUAUUCUCGACUUGUGUCUCGUGGCUGAGCUCCUGACGCGAGUCGAAAUCAAGUGCGACGGUGAGAAGUUCCACAGUCUUCACCCCGUGGCUGCGUUGUUGUCGUAUUGGAGCAAGGCUCCGCUCGUACCCAACGGCAUGCCGGUCGUCAACGCGCUCGCUAAGCAGCGCGCCAUGCUGGAAAACUUUUUCCGUGCUGCCGUCGGUCUCGCUCCGGAGAACAAUAUGCUCCUGGAGUACUUUGCGUUCCGCUCCCCGGCCGGGUGCGCGUGA